GUUUCAGGAAGCAGUGGUGUGCUGGCAUCCUGGAGAACUUUGGAUCAAAGUACAAUAAAACCAACAGUUCCGUCGCUCUGCGUGCUGCUCAGCUACCUGAGCGAGGUGAGGAGAAGCGAAACAUCUAAAUCACUGUUUUUCCCUGACGAACAGGAUUAUUACUGUGGAGGGAGAAUGGGGAAGAAAGACGCUGGUGCCACCAAGUUACCAGUUGAUCAAUAUAGAAAGCAGAUUGGUAAGCAGGACUACAAAAAGACAAAAUCUGUCUUAAAGGCAACACGGCUGAAAGCUGAAGCAAAGAAAAACUCCUCUGGAUUUAGGGAUGCCUUCCUGGUUGUCGCAGCAAUUCUCUUCUUUGUACUCUGCGUUUACGCCUUCUUCUACCUGAACCUGAGCACUGAGAUCAACCUGGAUGUGGACAUGGAUUAGCAAAAUGUGGACAUUAACUUGAAGCGUUUGGAUCUUUAAAUUAUGGGCAAAAAAAGACUGGCUUCCUGUCAUUCAACCCCCAAUGGAAGGUUUCUGCAAUUAAGUAUUCGUCAACCGAAUCAUCUUCUACACUUUAUAUGCAAUGAGGCGACACUGACUGUGGGUGGAUAAAGCACACCAAACAUUGAUGUUUCCUGGGUUUGGUUAGUUUUUGUUGUAGUCUUAGUAAUCUAAUGAAAUUUCAGUAGAUAAGCUUUUUAUAUACAUGCAUCAAUCAGUUUUUUAGGCCAAUACAGAUUUUUUUGCAUUGUUUUGUAUUAAUUCAACCAACUGGUUUUGAUUUAAUAUAUCUUUUUAUUAAGGACUAAAAAUCAUACAGACUCGCUUUUGUUUUAGCAGUUAAAUAAAAUGUGACAUUUAAGACGAACCACCCAAGAGAAGGAAAUACAUGGGUUGCUUUUUCCAAUAGAGUAAAAUCCAACAUAAAAGGAAGGAAUUGCAAGAUUUUGGGGAUUAAUUUAUCAAAGCGAACUACAGAUCCUGGAUCAUCUUCUGAUUUUAACUGAAGUCCAUAAAAGAAAAUGCUUGCUGUUUAUCUAAUUACAGACAAAAUUUUUAAUUCUGAUACACUUAAUUAAUGGCAAAAAGGAAAUGUAAUUUUCAGUAGUAGACAUAGAUCACCAGAGAGGCCUACAGAGAGAAAUUCCGGUCUCUGGGCCAAUUGAUUGGUAUAUCCCCUCUGUAAAACCACAGAGGUCAAAGAAAGCGUAAAUUAUACAAAGCAAUCCUGCUAAGUCUUUAUUGAACAAAGACAAUGAGCCUCUUUCUACACCUCAGUCAGGACUGAGCAUAGUCUGCGCAGUCACGUCCCUUUGUUUUUCACCACUAAUAGAAAAAUGUAAAUCUGCAGCUCCAGACAAACCCCUUCCUCACAUUCCAUUGCACAAAGCUUUCCACAUGGAUAUCUUGAGAUCCUAAAGUGUGAGAUUAGAAUCCACAAAGCCCUCAUCCUGAAUGAACAUGUGUGCAGAAUACAGAUCACGGUGCACCCACUGCAGACAGACAGACAGACAGACAGACGCUGCAAAUACAAUCAGUUUUUUUCAUUUAAAUAGAAAUGAAAUGCUUACAGAAGGAAGCUGUGGACACGGAAAUAUUUCUCCCGUUUUAUUUGUAUAAAGGAAUGUUAUGGUUGUUCAGUAUAUUUUUCUACCUCUUCUACGUACCUGUGUGCAGCUACAUGUUAGUGUUUCUACACAGUUUUGUUAGCAAAAAAUACAGACAAUAAUAUUUUUUGUUUUUCUUGAAGAAGCUGUCCUCCUCAUUUACUUCUCUUGGAGGAAACUUUUUUUUUUUUUUUUUCCCGUAAAAUAUAAAUUGCAGCACCAAAUACACAAGUGGCCUUGUGAUAGCUCUCAUUCCUAACCUUUUUUUUUUUUUCUUUUACCAGAAUGAAGGUCUUAAAGUUUGAGUCUCAUUGUGUUGUGCUGCUGCAAUGCUCUGUGAAAUGAGAGAUUUUUCAGCUUAUGUUUUCUCCCACAACCUUGCGACCUCUUGUAAAAAGAAUACAAGUCAAAGAAACCAUUAUGAUUAGAACGCACUCAUACCCUCAACCAGGGGCUUUUAUCAUUCUGUGGUACAUUGGGACCCUCCUCCUCUUACUCUGUGACUUACUCACAUGAGUAACAAUGGAAAGCCUGGCCUAAUAGACCUUCAAACAUGACACCUGUUAUCUAAAAGCUCACUAUUACCAGCUACAAGAGCUCUGGCAUCGGAAUAAUGGAAAGACUCUGUUCUUUUGUAUUGGUUUAGAUGAUACGUUUAAUAUUUGUGAAAUGGUUUCUACUGUUGUUAAAAACUGCUAGCAGGGUAGCAUGGACAUUGUGUUUUUGUAAGGGUUUUGAGUACUUUCAAUUUCUUCUGAAUUUCCUACUGCAGAAUGUAAAAUGAUUAAUAAAAGAUCCUGCAUGAUGUU